CAACACAGACACACAGAGAGAUCUAUAUGAUAAUGAAAGGCAAUACGAUUUUCUUCUUAUUCUGCUCUCUCUUCCUUGUCUCGUUUCUGGAAGAUACUGGGGCAGCUCAAGCGGGGACUAACUAUGGCGUUUAUAUUGUGUACAUGGGGGCUGCGGCUUCCACAAAUGGUUCCUUGAGGGAUGACCAUGCUCGGCUUAUGAGCUCUGUGUUAAGAAGGAAAGAAAAUACACUAGUACACACCUACAGGCAUGGUUUCUCAGGGUUUGCAGCUCGGAUAUCAGAGAAGGAGGCUCGUUCAAUAGCACAGAAACCUGGGGUUGUAUCUGUUUUUCCUGAUACCCAAGUAGAACUCCACACAACUCGUUCUUGGGAUUUCUUAAAGUACCAAACGUCUGUAAAGAUUGACUCCAAACCUAAUACGGGCAAUGAUCAAUCUUCUUCAUCUGUUGGGUCAGACUCAAUAAUUGGCAUAUUAGACACAGGGAUUUGGCCAGAGUCAGAGAGUUUUAAUGACAAGGACAUGGGUCCAAUUCCGUCAAGGUGGAAGGGAACUUGCGUGAAAGCCGAUGAUUUCAACCCCUCCAAUUGUAAUAGGAAGUUGAUUGGUGCAAGAUCCUACGACGACUCUGCUGAUAUCAAAACAACAACAACAACAACAACAAAAUAUCAAAAAAAAUACGACGACUCUGCUGCUACAGCCCCAGCAAAGUUGCAUACACCUCGUGAUACAGUUGGCCAUGGUACACACGUGGCAUCAACUGCAGCAGGUAGCACCGUAGCCAGUGCAUCCUACUACGGUCUAGCAGAUGGAACCGCAAAGGGUGGGUCCCCAAGUUCACGAAUCGCUAUGUAUACGGUAUGCUCAUCCGCCGGUUGUGUUGGGUCUGCGAUUCUUGCAGCGUUCGAUGAUGCAAUAGCGGACGGUGUAGAUGUCUUGUCGUUGUCUCUUGGCGCACCAUCGUAUAUAAGGAUUGGUUUGAAGUCUGAUCCAAUUGCGAUCGGAGCGUUCCACGCAGUGGACCAUGGGAUCAUUGUGGUCUGCUCCGCAGGGAAUGAUGGCCCCGAAUCGGAAAGUGUUGUGAAUAUUGCUCCUUGGAUUUUGACUGUAGCUGCUUCUACUAUUGACCGAGAUUUCCAAUCUAAGGUGGUACUUGGUGGAAACAAAGUGAUUAAGGGUGAAGGCAUAAAUUUCUCUCCACUUAAACAAUCUCCUGAAUAUCCAUUGAUAUAUGCUAAGAAUGCCAAGAAAAGUGGUGCCAAUGAAGCUGAGGCAAGAAACUGCAACCCAGAUUCAAUGGAUAAGGACCUGAUCAAGGGGAAGAUUGUUGUCUGUAACAAUGUCGGCGAUGAGAAUUAUUCAGCGAGAGAGAAGAUAUCAGUAGUAAAGGGUCUUGGAGGAAUCGGUAUAGUUUUGAUUGACGACAAAUCAAGCAGAGUGGCAAGUACUUAUGGUUCAUUUCCAGCAACUUUGAUUAAGUCAAAUGAUUCUGCUGAAGUCCUCUCCUACAUAAACUCAAGCAGCAACCCAGUCGCAACAAUUCUACCAACAGUAGCAGUGACAGAAUAUAAGCCAGCACCUGCUAUUGCAUACUUCUCGGCUAGAGGGCCUUCAUAUGACACAAUGAACGUUCUCAAGCCUGAUAUUGCAGCACCAGGAGUGGACAUACUUGCAGCAUGGAUUGCAAACGACACAUCACAAACUCCACAAGGAAAAGAACCUCCAUUAUACAAUGUGAUCUCAGGAACCUCCAUGGCGUGCCCACAUGUUUCUGGGGUUGCCGCCACUGUCAAAUCACAGAACCCCACGUGGAGUCCAUCGGCUAUCAAAUCAGCCAUCAUGACAACAGCAACUCAAACAAACAACAUGAAAGCUCCAAUAACAACAGAUUCAGGUUCAAUAGCCACACCUUAUGAUUAUGGUGCAGGGGAAGUAACAACAUCUGGACCAUUACAACCAGGGCUAGUGUACGAAACCAGGACCACUGACUACUUGAACUACCUAUGCUAUAUUGGCCUUGAUAUAGAUGGAAUUAAAGCAAUUGCGAAAACAAUUCCCAAUGAUUUUGCUUGCCCCAGGGACUCGAACAGUGAUUACGUAUCCAAUAUCAACUACCCUUCAAUUGCAAUCUCCAAAUUCGAUGGAAAAGCGAGCAAGAAUAUAAGCAGAACGGUAACUAACGUUGGUGGGGAUGGUAAAACGGUUUAUGCUGUAAGUGUGGAUGCACCUAGCGGAAUAGUUGUCAAAGUGAUUCCAGAUCAACUGACAUUUACAAAGAACAAUGAGAAGCUGAGCUACCAAGUGAUUUUUUCUUCUUCCACUGCAACCUCAUUGAAGGAAGAUGUAUUUGGAUCAAUCACUUGGACUAACGGAAAAUUCAAAGUCCGGAGUCCAUUUGUAGUAAGCAGUAAAAGCGGUGACAACGACGAGUAUGUGCUCUAAUGUAGUAGAUAACUAAACAUGUACCUAUGAUACUAAUGAGUAGGGCUAUAAACGAGUCGAGCUAUAAACAAGCCGAGCUUUGUCGAGUAGUGAAUGUUUAAGCUCGGCUCGACAACAAAAGUAGAAUGUUCAAGCUUGGCUUGAGCUUGAUACGAGCCUAUAAAUAAUGUUCAAGCUUGAGCUUGUUAUAAAGUAUAAAAGUUUGAGUUUGGCUUGGCUUGGUUUGGUUCAUUAGUUAAGUCAAGCUCGAGCUCUAUAUCAAGCCCAAACUCAAGCUCAAUAUCAUAUUUUUGAGCUUGAGAUCCAACUCAAGUAUAUUAUUAAACCCACAUCAAGUUUAUGAUCCAGCCUAUUUUGUUUGGAU